AUGAAACAGAACCUUCAUUUGUUUCGGCUUAGUACUACUCCAUUAACAGCCAUUGAGAGGUUUCUUUGGAGUCCAAGCGAUUUAUCACAGAAACCGACCGAGUUAAAUGUAACUGAGGGAGAGACGCUCGUUUCUUCAGAUGGGUUCGUUGAUCUUUCAACUACUAGUGGUGCAACCGAUGGUUACUCUACUGGAGCUUCGUUGCCUAAUCUUCAAAAUAUGAGCUUCGUAGAUGGGUUAUUUGUAGAUGGAGACUCAUUUAACUGGACGAGUGAGAACAGGAAUCACGAAAAGUUGGGUGUAAUAGAGAAGGUGACAUUGGGAGAGAAGGAAGCAGUGAGUUUAGGUAAGAGAACCAAGGGUGGAUCUUCUGCUAAUUUGAUAAAAGGACAGUGGACGGAUGAAGAAGACAGAUUAUUGAUAAGAUUGGUGAAGCAAUAUGGUGUGAAGAAAUGGGCUCAUAUUGCUCAGAAGUUGGUUAGUCGGGCUGGGAAGCAGUGUCGAGAACGAUGGCAUAAUCAUCUCCGCCCUGAUAUCAAGAAGGAUGCAUGGAGUGAAGAAGAAGAGAGAUUGUUGAUUGAAGCCCAUGAGAAGAUUGGAAACAAAUGGGCAGAAAUCGCAAAGCGAAUCCCUGGAAGGACUGAAAAUGCGAUAAAGAACCACUGGAAUGCUACGAAAAGAAGGCAAAAUUCAAAGAGAAGGCUCAAAAAAGCAGCAAUUCAAGGAGGAAAAUCAAAGCCAUCUCUACUACAAGAGUACAUAGAGAAGAUUUUGAAGGAUAACUCCACCAAUAAAACCCCGACUACUCCCACUAACACGAAGGCCACUGAUUCCACACUCCCCACGACCCCAUCAAAACAGUUAAGUGUUACACUCCCAGAAACAUCUGAAUCCACCCUCACAGAGGAUUUUCUGACAUUGAUUGUCCAGACAUACGACGAGGAAUUGCAUUUCAUCACAAAAUUCUUUGAGAACAUCUAUGAACAGUCAUCCGAUGGUACGAUUGUGGAGUCUACAAAUGAAGAUACAGGUCAUGGUUGGGAUUUCCAAAAUCCUCUCCCUUUUGACUCUCAGACAUCUAUCGAGGCGGAUGAAUGUAGUGGCUACUCUUCCACGACCCCGAUCACAAACGCGUACGUUGAUAACAUCUCUGGAGAAGAUACCAAGACAUCACAUCUGUACUCAGAUCUUUACCUCUCCUAUCUCCUGAAUGGAGCUACUUCUUCAUCCUCCAUGAGUCAGAACUACUAUUUCGAAAACCCAGACAUAGACCUGCUGAGGAAUCAAUCUUCUUCAGAUGGCAAGAAAGAGAUGGAUUUGAUAGAGAUGGUAUCUUCUCAGUUCUCUCAGAGCAGUAGCAGUAGCUUUUGA